CCUGGAAGCGCUGCCCGCUGUGUGAGGCCCCCGUAGCAGACUGCAGUUGGUACCUGCCGGCCUCGCAGCCGUUGGCAGCACUGACUGCGUGCCACAGCCCUGCCGCUUCAGGCGUCUGUCGCAUUUGUAGCGAGUCGUGUCCAGUGUGACGUUCUGCGUUGGGAUUUCGUGCUGCUGUUUCUGCGCCGAGAAUUUCUUCUGCUACACCCACACCCUUAAUAAGGACCACCCACCAUGUCGGCAGUUACGGAGGUUCAGAACACCACAACCGAGGCCCUGGCCGCCCUGCUAGACGGGGGUGACGGCGCCCUGGUGACGCUGGUGGCGGGCGAGACGAGGGUGGCGGCUCACAGGGCCGUGUUGGCGGCCGCGAGCCCCGUGUUCGCAGCGAUGUUCGCGCACGACAUGCUGGAGGCCAGCUGCGGCCAGGUGAGCAUCGACGACGUGGAGGGCCCGGUGCUGAGGCUCCUGGUCGCCUACACGUAUACCCUGCAGGCCCCCCAGCUGCCCGACACGGCCGCCCAGCUGCUCUCGGCGGCCGACAAAUACGGCUUGUCGGCCCUGAAGGCUGCCUGCGAGCGGCAGCUGAUCUCUCAGUUGGCCGUCGAGACCGCAGCGGCGACGGCCGUCACGGCAGUGAGGCACUCGUGCCCGGACGCCACCAGGGCUGCCGUCGCCUUCAUAAAGGACCACCUGCAGGUGAUGGCCACGCGGGGCUGGGUGGACGCUGUGCUCGAGUACCCGCAAGAAGUCAUUGAAGUCGGCCGUCUGCUCGGUGAGCCACCUGCAGAAGCCAGCUCGCCGACCGCCACAGGGGGCGGGCCCACCCCCAACUCUGACCGUCAACCCCACAGCGGCCACAGCCGGACUCCUGCUGCAGCUGCGCCUCCCACGUCUGCCAGACACACCCCUCCACCCGAUGACGCAGCUGUCUCUCGCUUCCGUUUGUUUGUUUGCAGACUUCAAAGUGGUGGUUUGUUGUUCCGGUGAGAGGCAACGGGGCCAGCGUGUGUGGCGGUGGUGUUAUGACGUCACCACAGUGUGAGAGCAAGAGGCGCAUGCCGUGGUCUUCAGUUGACGAUGGACUAUCGCAAAGAAACAGCAGAGACACUCACCAAGGUCUUGGUAAUACGACAUUAAAUAACAACCUUUUUCUUUUCCGUUACUAUCACGAAAUUUUAACACUGUUAAUGUAGUAAAAAUUGUGGUAUCGAUAGCUACGCUACCACGGCGUAGGUGCAAGUUCCCAAGGUGGCGGCCUCUAGCCGGCCGGCGCUGUGCGGCUCUGCUCUGCGAGCUCCGUUUGAUCAGGGGCAGACGGCCGACAGUGCAGAUGAGUAAUCAAAGACAAGGUUGACAGCUUUGGAGCACCAACAGACGGUCCAAACAGCACACUGAAUGGGGCAGAUUUCCCAGCACACCGUUAAUACACUUCCUACUGAUUCAACUUUGCUCUCGCCACAUUUAGUUUUGAAGAAUAAAAAU